CAGGAUUCCGCCUGAGCAGCCGCUGCAGACUGCCGGCCACCAGGUUGCCCCUCUCUAUCCAGCUAGAAAGACUUGAGUUAGACAAGCAGAAGCACACGCCUACCUACCUCAUGGCUACAGAAAACGGAGCAGUUGAGCUGGGAAUCCAGAGCCUGUCAGCAGAACAGACACCCAAAGGUGCUGCAGGUGAUGGACCUCCAGCUUCAGAGAAAGACCCCAGUCCCCCAGCCACAGAGAAAGACCUGGGCCCCCCUAAGGAGAAGAAAGACCCUGGCGCAGAGAAAGACCUAGGCCCCCCUAACAAGAAGAAAGACCCUGGCGCAGAGAAAGACCUGGGCCCCCCUAACACGAAGAAAGACCCUGGCACAGAGAAAGACCAGGGCCCCCCUAACAAGAAAAAAGACCCUGGCACAGAGAAAGACCUGGGCCCCCCUAACAAGAAGAAAGACCCUGGUGCAGAGAAAGACCUGGGCCCCCCUAAGGAGAAGAAAGACCCUGGCAUAGAGAAAGAUCAGGGCCCCCCUAACACAAAGAAAGACCCUGGCGCAGAGAAGGACCAGGGCCCCCCUAACAAGAAAAAAGACCCUGGCGCAGAGAAAGACCUGGGCCCCCCUAAGGAGAAGAAAGACCCUGGCACAGAGAAAGACCUGGGCCCCCCUAAUAAGAAGAAAGACCCUGGCACAGAGAAGGACCAGGGCCCCCCUAACACGAAGAAAGACCCUGGUGCAGAGAAAGACCUGGGUCCUCCUAACACAAAGAAAGACCCUGGCACAGAGAAAGACCUGGGGCCCCCUAACACGAAGAAAGACCCUGGCACUCCAGACCCCCAAAAAGGUCCAGACCCACCCUCCCUGAAGAAAGAUACCAAAGUCUGUGCCCCAGAGAAAAAGGGUGACCCGGCUCCAGCUUCAGCCAGCAGCCAGGGCCCUUCAGGAGAGGGAGACGGGGGUGGGGGGCCUGCUGAAGGCAGUGUGGGGUCUCCCGCAGCCUUGCCCCAGCCCACUGCCACAGCCGAGGCCAGCGUCCAGAACCAGGAUGCCAAGCAAGCACCCUCGGACAACCAGGGACCUGGAGAGCCCAAGGCGGGCAAGAAGGCAGCCGAGUGUCGAGAAGCAGGAAGAAGAGGCUCACCCGCCUUUCUCCACAGCCCGAGCUGUCCCGCCAUCAUCUCAUGCUCUGAGAAGACACCGGCUGUGAAGCCCCUGAGCGACACAACAGAACUCAUCUUUACAGGGGUGUCUGUGACCCCCGACUCCCGGGGUCCUGGGCCAGCCAAGGCAGAAGGCGGGACGAACACCCUGGAAGAGAACCAGAAGGCAGAGGCAGAGAAAGCCCCAGGCCAGGCUGGCCAUGCUAAGGUGCAAGGGGACACCUCCCAGAGGAUCGAGUUCCAGGCUGUUCCCUCAGAGAGAGCGGAGGUGGGGCAGGGCCCCUGUCUCACUGCCAGGGAGGAAGACUGCUUCCAAAUUCUGGAUGAUUGCCCGCCACCCCCGGCCCCCUUCCCACACAGGAUCGUGGAGCUGAGGACUGGAAAUGUCAACAGUGAAUUCAGCAUGAACUCAAAGGAGGCACUGGGAGGUGGUAAGUUUGGAGCUGUGUGUACCUGCACGGAGAAAGCCACAGGCCUCAAGCUGGCAGCCAAGGUCAUCAAGAAGCAGACUCCCAAGGACAAGGAAAUGGUGAUGUUGGAGAUCGAGGUCAUGAACCAACUGAACCACCGCAAUCUGAUCCAGCUGUACUCGGCCAUUGAGACCUCACAUGAGAUCAUCCUGUUCAUGGAGUACAUCGAGGGCGGCGAGCUCUUUGAGAGGAUCGUGGAUGAGGACUACCAUCUGACCGAGGUGGAUACCAUGGUGUUUGUCAGGCAGAUCUGCGAUGGGAUCCUCUUCAUGCACAAGAUGAGAGUCCUGCACUUGGACCUCAAGCCAGAGAACAUCCUGUGUGUGAAUACCACUGGCCACUUGGUGAAGAUAAUUGACUUCGGCCUGGCACGGAGGUAUAACCCCAACGAAAAGCUGAAGGUGAAUUUUGGGACCCCGGAGUUCCUGUCACCCGAGGUGGUGAACUAUGACCAGAUCUCUGACAAGACUGACAUGUGGAGCCUGGGGGUGAUCACCUACAUGCUACUGAGUGGUCUCUCCCCCUUCCUGGGAGAUGAUGACACAGAGACCCUGAACAAUGUCCUGUCUGCCAACUGGUACUUUGAUGAGGAGACCUUUGAGGCUGUGUCGGAUGAGGCCAAAGAUUUCGUUUCCAAUCUCAUCACGAAGGACCAGAGCGCCCGGAUGAGUGCAGAGCAAUGUCUCGCCCACCCCUGGCUCAACAACCUGGCGGAGAAAGCCAAACGCUGCAACCGCCGCCUGAAGUCCCAGAUCCUGCUCAAGAAAUACCUCAUGAAGAGGCGCUGGAAGAGAAACUUCAUCGCUGUCAGUGCUGCCAAUCGCUUCAAGAAGAUCAGUAGCUCGGGAGCGUUGAUGGCUCUGGGGGUCUGAGCCCCAGGAGCAGUUAAGCCUGGACGCGGCUGCACAGUGGUCAAGGCUGAAGCCACACAGCUCAGAAGGCCAGAGAGAGCCAGAUCUCUAGGGGAGGCUGGUCAGAGCAAAGCUGCACCAGGCUGGGAGGCUUGGGGCUCCCCGGGCCUUUAUUUGAUACCACGUCUCCUAUGCGAGCAUGGAGUGUGUGGCCUGGAAUCCAUCUUGCUACCACCUCCUCAGACAGGGCUGUGGCCCAUCAGCCCCACCCAGACUCCAAGGACGUCCAGGCCAUGCCCUAGUCCCUCCUUUGAACCGCUGCCCUGUAUUGCUUUGCCCCGCCGGGGGCACCCUUGCCUGGAGUGGGAUGGCUGGGGGUCCAGCAGGUGGGCCGCUGUGGUGGUGGAUGGGAAGCUUCUAGAAGGGUAAGAAUGCAGUCCCGCUGCUAGGGGAGACAGAGCAGGCUUUGUGUGAGAGGACGUCCAUGCCCUGCCUCACACUCCCAACAGAUCAUCUGGCCUCCUGGCCCCCACCCACUGAUUUUGUGACCACCAACACACAGGAACUCCGAGAGAAAGCCAGCCCGGGCCUGGAGUGGUGGUGGUGGUGGUGGUGGUGGUGAUGGAGAGAGGCCUGGGAGACAUGAGACUACCCCCAAGUCCAGCCCAGCUACUCUGUGCCCGUCCCAGGGGCGUUGACAACCUCAGAUGACAGGAUGAACUGGCCCACGACGAGGAGUAUGAAGCCACCGGGCAGUCCCCAACCUGCUCUCAGCUUGUGUCUUGUAAAUAAACAUACAGGUUGGAGGCAGCCUCCUUCCCUCUGCACGUGCACUAA